CGGUGUUGUGGUGUUUACGGCCGCUGGUCUCGGGCAGAGCCAGGCCGGGUCGGGUCGCGCUGGGCCGGGUCGGGCCAGCGGCUCACCGGCGAGUGCGGCGCAGAGGCCGCCCCGACGCCCAUGUGCCCACAGCCUCCCAUGGAGGUGAUGGAGGGGCCGCUCAACCUGGCUCAUCAGCAAAGCCGAAAAGCUGACCGCUUGGUGGCAGCAGGGAAAUACGAAGAAGCAAUUGCUUGUCACAGAAAGGCAUCUGCAUAUCUUUUGGAGGCCAUGAAGCUGACACAAUCGGAUCAGGCCCAGUUGUCAUUGGAAUUACAAAGGGAGAGUCACCUGAAACAGAUACUUCUAAUCCAAGAGCGAUGGAAGAGAGCAAAGAGGGAAGAGAGGAUAAAAACGCAGCAAGCUGCUGACAAGGAUAGCACAACACAUCUACAGGCUUCCUCUAAGCCAACAGUUGAGGAAUCAGAUGCUCAAAACGUGUCAACUCCUGGCAGUCUAAAAUACAUCCCCUCUCCAGAGAAGGAUUCACAGGCAAUCCAUGGCCUCUUUGAUAGGGAGCCAGACACACUACUGUUUCUCCUCCAGACAAGAAAGAAACCAGUGGAAGUACAUGUUAGAAGCAAAACUCCAAAGGACGACAAGAUAAAAAUCGAGGAGCAGGCCACCAAAAUUGCUGAUCUAGAGCAGCAUGUGGAAUUUCUGUUAGCUGAAAAUGAGCGGUUAAGGCGAGAGAACAAGCAGCUCAAAGCGGAGCGGGCCAGGCUGAUCAAAUCUCCCCUGGAGAAGGAGCUGGAUGUCGAUGCUGACUUUGUUGAGAAGUCAGAGUUGUGGGGCCUGCAGCAGCAUUCCGAAGCUGCAGCAACCUCCGCCUCCACCUGGCAGAAAUUUACAACCAACACAGGGAAGGCCAAGGAUAUCCCAAUCCCCAGCCUUCCCCCACUGGACAUUCCAUCCCCUGAGCUGCCCCUCUUGGAGCUCUCAGAGGAUAUUCUGAAGGGAUUCAUGAACAGUUAAGCGGAGGCCACAACCCACGCUCACCUGUAGUUCAGCAGUGUCCAAAAAAGGGAAAGCCUCUCUCUGCCAAGGGGAGAAAUAGUGACUACAGCCCUGACAUGGGGGAAAAUCUGUCAUUGGGAGAAGUACCCCUGUCAUUGGAUUGGUUGCCUAGGGCUUACAGUUUACCAUUGUUGGUAAAAAUGAAACCAUGUCUUCUGAUUCUUUUCAAGCCAAAUGUGGGGGAGACAUUCAGGUGUAACAGUCCUGGAGGGGCCCAAGGUAUGCUAUGUGUAACAAGCCUCUCCAAUGCCAUAGAGCGAUGCAAAACAUAAAUUGGUUAUGAGCCAAUGGGGGACAACUUCAAAGACCUUUUCUGUCAUGCAUUCAGUUGGUAUUUGAAUUGUGCACAAAAACUCAUCACUGUAGUGGACGUCACUUCUGUUCAUUUACAGGAUGGAUCUGCGUGCCACACUUUUGCUCUUCUGGCUUAAUAGAAUGUCAGCCAAUCAGGAGAAAUGCUAAAUUUCCAUUUUGUUUCUGAAGGAACCAAACUAGUUAUAUUUUUUUUUAAUUUCUGUUUAAAGAAUGGAUUCAUUUACAUAAUCAGGGUGCUUUAUAAUGUAUGUUCUUUAUAAGGAACUGCUAGACAUUGUUUUAAACAAAUACGCAGGAACGAACAAUCCUUGGUGCAUGAACAGAGAUAAUGGUAGUUGCCAGAACUUGAUUGAAAAUAAAAUG